CUUCCGACCUCACUACCGAGACUUUGAAAGAUAACCACUGAGUCUAAAAUGGCCGAACCAACUCCAGCCGGAACCUCAAUCGAACUGCCGAUUCUUGACAUCUCGAACCCUGAGGAUCCGGCAGUGGGCGAGGCCAUGCUAGACGCCGCCACCAAAUACGGCUUUCUAUAUGUAGACAGCAAAGGGACCGACUUCACCGCUGAAGAUGUGCGGAAAGCAUUUGAGCGGUCGAAGAGCUUCUUCGCGUCACCAGUAGAGGAGAAGGAGGCCUCUCGGAUUCAAUCGAACAACCGCGGCUGGUCUGGGAUGCAUUCUGAGACUUUGGAUCCUGAACAUCAGCGGACGGGCGAUUUCAAAGAAGCCUUCAACUUCGGCGAAUUCACAGCGGAAGGCAAAGCUCAACAGCCGCUUCCCCCGGCCCUAGCUCCCCAUGAAGCUGAGAUCGCAGACUUUGCAUCCCUCUGCACAAAGACCUGCAACCGCAUUCUCAGCCUUCUUUCUCUAGGCCUCAAAACAGCAGACUACGACCAUACUGUUGACGUACGUGCUGGCGCACACUCGGACUACGGGAGCAUCACAUUGCUAUUCCAGAGACCUGGACAGCCGGGAUUGGAGAUCCUCACGCCAGAGGGGACAUGGGCGCCUGUUGCCGUAGAGCCUGGAAGGCCGAGUCCGAGCGGGGAUGACGUUAACAACGAAUUUGCUUUCCCGCCCAUCCUGGUUAAUAUCGGCGACCUGCUAAGCUAUUGGACAGACGGGUUGCUCAAGUCCACUGUGCACCGAGUUGUAUUUCCGGCUUCAGAGCGGACAGGGAAUAGUUCACAGGAUCGGUAUAGCAUUGUUUUCUUUUGCCAUCCGGUUGAUUCUACGGAGCUGGUUCCUGUGCCGAGUGACGUGGUUAAGGCUUACCGUGAGGAGAAGGUUGUGGACGCUGAGGAAAGAGUAGGAUUUGGAGGGGGAGCUGGGAAUCUUGAACCUGGAAGGAGAACGCUCACGGCGGCGGAGCAUCUCGCAAUGCGGUUGAAUGCGACUUAUGACUUUAGGCAGGAAGCGACUGUCGCAUAG